AUGGUUGAAACAUUCCACUUCUCCUCAGAGUCCGUAACUGAAGGCCAUCCAGACAAGAUUUGCGACCAAAUUUCUGACGCUGUUCUCGACGCUUGUUUGAACAUUGAUCCAUAUUCAAAGGUCGCUUGUGAAACUUGUUGCAAGACUGGUAUGAUUUUAGUCUUUGGUGAAAUUACCACCCAAGCUGUUCUUGACUUCCAAAAGAUUGUCAGAGAGGCUGUAAAAAAGAUUGGUUUUGAUGACUCUAGCAAGGGAUUUGAUUACAAGACUUGUAAUGUUUUGGUAGCUAUUGAGCAACAAUCUCCUGAUAUUGCUGGAGGAGUUCACGUUGGUCGUAAGGAAGAAGAAUUGGGAGCUGGUGAUCAAGGAUUGAUGUUUGGAUAUGCCACUGAUGAAACCAAAGAGUUGAUGCCAUUGUCUCAUUUGUUGGCCUCUAACUUGGCAAAGAGAUUGACUGAAGUCAGAAAGAAUGGUACUUUGCCAUGGUUAAGACCUGACGGUAAGACACAAGUUACCGUUGAAUACGAGAAGGAUGGUGGAAAUCUUACACCAAAGAGAGUGUCUACUUUAUUGAUUUCUACUCAACACGACGAAAACGUCAGCAACGAAGAAAUUCAAAAGCAAUUGAAAGAACACGUCAUCAUUCCAGUGAUUCCUGCUCAUUUGUUGGAUGAACAAACCAUUUAUCACAUUAAUCCUUCUGGUCGUUUUGUUAUCGGAGGUCCACAAGGUGAUGCUGGUUUGACUGGUAGAAAGAUUAUUGUUGACACUUAUGGUGGUUGGGGCGCUCAUGGUGGUGGUGCUUUCUCUGGAAAGGAUCCAACCAAGGUCGACAGAUCUGCUUCAUAUGCUGCUCGUUGGGUUGCUAAAUCCGUAGUAGCUGCUGGAUUGGCCAAGAGAUGUUUGGUUCAAGUUGCAUAUGCCAUUGGUAUUGCUCACCCAUUGUCCGUUCACAUUGACACCUACGGAACUGCUCAAGGUGGCAGAACUGACUCGGAUAUCUUGGAAAUUGUCAAGAAGAAUUUUGAUUUGAGACCAUACCACAUUAUCAAGGAUUUGGAUUUGCUGAAGCCAAUCUACUCCCCAACUGCUGCAUACGGCCACUUUGGAAGAUCUGAAUUCCCAUGGGAAGUUCCAAGACCAUUGAAGCUCUAA